GUCGGAAGAUAAUAUAGGGCUAUCGGCUAUUGAUUUGGGAAAUAUUUUUUUAAAAUACACCUUUUUUUUUUUUGUCAAAAACUCUGGUUUGUUAUCGGUCAAGAAAAAAAGUCGCGCCGUUCCGUCCUUCCCCCUCAUACGUACGCCUCCAUCAAACACCACCCUCCUUCACUACAUCAUCCCUCCCGUCUCCUCCGACCUCCGACCAACUCCAGCGCCGACCACCUCCUCCCAUCGUCGGCUUUGCACAGUACCGCCGCCCCUACCGUCUACCUCGCACACCCACAAGUUUCCCACGCUUUCUGAUAUCACUCCCACCUCCCUGAAAUCGACUCCCACCACCAAGGGCAGACAUCCGACGCCAAGCUCCGCCAGCGCUGAUUUCCGCCCUCGACAACGCCGGUCUCCACCCUUGCGACCUCCGAUCUCCUCCAUACUUCAGGUAAAGUUGUAUGCUCCUGUUGACUUGGUUGACCAUUGAGUUUUAAUGAAGAGAGCUCACAUUUUGAAGAUAAUGUGCGUGUUUUGGUGAUUCAAGCUAAUUAUCUAACAAGUUCAACAACCCUUUGAGAGAAAUACAUCAAUCAAAGAUUAAAAAUGGAUGAUACAAUGAAGAAAUUUCAAGGAAAGCUGAUUGAGAUCGAGACCGAAGCAGAGGAACUUUUACUUGCAAGGCACCAGUUAGUCGAGAAUGACAGAUUGAGAAAUGGGAACAGGGAAGCAUUGACUGCACUAAGGAAAAGAGCCCGAACAACAAAAACAAGUGUCCCUUCACCGUUUGAGCUGCUGAUGAAGGAAGUUGACCAGUCAAAGCCUCUGGUUAAAGAGAUGUGUGCAACUUGUGGGAAUCAUGACUCUAAUGACAAAACAUGGAUGAUGUUCCCAGGAACUGAUAUAUUUGCUCGGGUCCCAUUUCAUGCAGCUCAUACUAUCUUGGAGAAAGAUCAAACAAAGCUAGAUUUUGAUGUUAAAAAACUACAAAGUUAUGUAAAGGAGAAGUCGCUCUUCAUAUCAGAACAAGGUGUUCUUGCUGACAAGAUUGGACCAGGGGUAUUAAAGUCAUUAGUCACAUUACAAGAUAAACCAAGGUGAAUUUGUUGAUUCAACAACCUUUUGCAGAAGAAAGAAAAUGACCACAAACAAACAAGUGAAAAACAGAAUGGUUAUGAUACUUUUCUACAUAUUGGAAUUAUGUAUGAAUUAAUGAAAAAACACUUUUUUUGCUCAUGCUUGAAAAAAGAAUUGAAGAUUUGUGAUGUUUAUUUCUAUGCUAACUGAAUUCAAUCGGUUCUUGUUAUGGGUCAAAUAAUCCAUCGAGUAUAACUCAUUAAUUAGUAUAACAUUGAUGUUUCUUGUUA